GUAUACUAGGCUUUCGAUCGUGUAUUAUUUUACAGACGAGGUAUGUUUCUUUCUCGCAUAAUUAUACAGUGUACCAAAGAGAUCCUGUAAGUUGAAGAAUCUGAGAGAGAGAUAAAGAGAAAGAAUAUAUAAUUUUAUGCUAAAAGGGCUCGGUCGAAGAUCAUUUUAAAAAUAAAUUCAUCGCUCGAAUCGGCCCGUCCCUGAGCGAGUGAGCAAUCAAUAUGGCCUCCAGGUCUGUGCGGGGCACGCCAGCGUAGCGUAGAUAUAUUCUCGAAAAACUUUGGAAAAAAUGGUUUCUGUGAUAAUAUAAUUAGCGAAGCUGUUGGAAAGUGCACGGAGAGAUAUAUUGACGAUAUUCGUUCAACUAUCGGUCAUAGUAUUCAGUCAGAACGAAACUCGGAAGGCGUGUUGCGCUACCAUCGUGGCUACUUGUAUUUGGCGGAAGACAUCGUUGACGUUGAACGUUGGCGGUUGGACUGGAGUUCGGUAACUGUUCGGCGUCAAGCGAUUAAUUUAAAUGACUGUCUAAAAUUUGGGAUGAAGUCGUUAUUUAAGUGUAAAGAUUCCUAGUUUCCAGUGAGAAAUUUUAGUAUUAUUAUGUCGGAGAUUAAAAACAAGGAAGCUGCCACGAUGGAGGGUUGUCAAGAAGGGGGCGAAGAGGAAGGUAUGAUGGUUGCCGAGAGGGUCGAAGAUAAGGUCAGUAUCCAACAGAUCCUCGAAGGUAUGACGAAUGAAUUUAACAAAAGCGUGAGUCCCGUAAAAAACGCAGAAAUUAAUCAAUCGGAGAUGUCGGAUCACGAGGAGGUCGAAAAACCGGUGGCGAGUCCUGACCAAGUUCUAGCAAUCGAAUCGGAACCCGUCGGCGACAACAACGAAGAGGUUGUUCCUAUAAAAGAAAAUGUCACCUCUAGUCCAAUAGGAAUAGAUGAAAAUCAUAAAGAAGACGAAAAUAUUGGAAAACAGGAAAUUUCAAAAAAAGAUAACAAUGGAAUCCCACGUAUAGUCCUUACGUUCAGGACAAUCGAUGAGAAUACCGAUCAUGGUAAAAAAACAAAGAUAUCGAGCUGUUCUUCCAACCUCACUUUAGUUCCCGACGAAUUGGUAAACUGUGAUCAAAUCGGUGGUGUUUCUGUAAAGAUAGAGAACUCUGAUGAGAAUUCUGAUACUAUAGAAAAAUCAGAUUCAGAGGAAGGUAAAGCAGAAGAACAUAAUAAAGAUUCCGAAAGCAAAGAACCAGAGAGCGAUACAGUGGACACAAAACCACCAAAGGACGAUGCAGAGCUAGCAACACUCGAGGAAAACACAGUUCCUGAUGAAAAAAUAAAGACCGAUGAAGCGGUUACAUCUAUAGAACUUGCGGAACAGGUGGAUCAAGCAGUCAUCGAGGCUCCCGUUACUAGGAAAAGAAGAACAGGACGACCUAGAUUAAGAGCACUUAGCGACCAGACAGAAGAAGCUCCAGGUCCUAAGCGUUCGGCGAGAAGACUAUGCAAAGAGUCAUUGAAGAGUACAGUGUUGGAGAGCGCAAUGGCGAGAAAAGAAAAAUCUAAUUACACGGAAGAAAAUUUACAAUUUAAAAAACAAAGGAAAUAUAAUAAACCAGGGAGGCCUAAGAAGGCGAUCCAAGGAAAAGAUCAGAAUAAGCAGUUACAAACUAAGCCUCCUGACAUACAUCAGGAAACAGAAGUUUCCAUUACCGAUGGAAACGGCAAUAUGUCCGAGGUAAACUCAACGUUAGAAUGUUCUAGAAAUUCAUCUAUGUCGGAGAAUAUCGCAAACGAAACAAUCCCAGACGAGUCUCAAAAUUUUUCAUCCGACUUUGACGGUAUGCCAAAAUUGUCUCCUAUGAUAAAAAGCGCAGAAUCGCAAACAAAACUGAGUAACUCAAUUGGCAGCCCCACAAGCGACGACGUACCUCUAGCAGAUAUCGAAAAGCCAUUUUUAAAACCAGCUACUGCAGGUAGACCUAAGCGAGAAAGGGGACGGCCUCGAGGAAGCCAAGGUGCAAGAAAAAUCGCAAAGGCAGAUUUAUUCGAAGAUGGAUCUGCGUCAAUAGCAGAAACAGGCAAAAACAAUGAUUAUCCCGAAGAAGGCACAGUACCUGCUAAAAGGACACGGAGAAGUAUGGCUCCGAGUCCCAGUCCUGCAGAAGGACAAGCCUCGAAGCCAGAAUCGACCGCGAUUAUGAGCGAAGUUAGUUCUUACGGUCAAUCGAUGUUAUGUUUGUGUCAAGUACGGUCUCAACUAUAUGUAACGAUAACUGGCUCUGGAGCACCAUUAUAUUGUACCGCGAUAGAUUCAAUCGAUAAUAAGUUGGUUGGAUGCUGCAACGAGGUGGAUAGCAACGAUGUCGCGAUGCGGAGACCUAGUACACGUGUUCCUUUUAUAAUCUUAUGCCGGAUGCACAAGGAGAGACUUCUCCGACAUAAUUGUUGUCCUUCUUGUGGAUUGUUUUGUUCCCAAGGAAGAUUUGUACAGUGUAUUAAUGGUCACCAGUAUCAUCGUGAAUGUGAAAUUUAUCCGAAUAAGAAAGGUGUGUGUCCACAUUGUGGAAGCGAAAGUACAGCAUACGAUGUGAUGGUCGCCAUGAGUGGGCUACGAAAACCUGUCUUCAUUCCUACUCGCAAGAAAUUUUCAAAAUUGCCCUCUGCUAAAAUAAGUUUGCCAGGGAAAGGUGACAAUACUAAAUUGGCAGAACGUCCUCCUAGUCCAUUGAUUCAACCCGAUGUUAUUAAAAUACCUGAACCGUCUGUUAACUCUGAGAGACCGGAACGCUAUACUAUCAUGAGUCUUUACACAUCUGUAAAAAAUGGGGAUUUAGAGAAGUUGGUUAAUGUUUUAGCAUGUGGCUACAAUGCGAACCAUACAUUCCGAGAUUAUGCUCAUCGAACAGGUCUUCAUAUAGCAGCAGAUAAGGGACACCUGUCUUGUGUACAUGUAUUGGUACAAGCUGGCGCUCAAUUAGACGUAAUGGAUAGAAAUCAGUUAACACCUUUAAUGCUAGCUGCUAGCAAGGGUCAAGCUGAUGUAGUAAAAUAUUUGAUAAGAAUAGGUGCUGAUGUUACGUUGAAAGGAGAAGAUGGGAUGACUGCUUUGCACAUGGCUGCCAAAUCUGGUCAUUUGGAAGUUUGUCGAAUAAUUUUAACAGAGUGUAAAGCACCAAGAACAUUAGUAGAUUCGGUGGACGAUGGUGGAUGGACGAGUUUAAUUUGGGCGUGUGAAUUUUGUCAUGCCGAUGUAGCGCGAUUUUUGGUAGAUAAAAAGUGCGAUCCUUUAAUUCGUGACGCGGAACAGAAUAUAGCGUUGCAUUGGAGUGCUUUUAGUGGAAGUUCCGAAAUUACAGAGAUGCUUCUUAACGAAGGUUGCGAUGUGAAUGCUGUUAACGUCCAUGGCGACACGCCUUUACACAUAGCUGCAAGACAAGAUCAGUAUGCGGUUAGCAUUCUGUUAUUAGCACGAGGUGCAAAGAUAGGCGAAGUGAACGCUGCAGGAGAAACAGCAGUAAAUUGUUGUACGAACGAUGGAGAUACUAUGUCUGCUUUGAGAUUGAAUGCCAAAGUUAACGAACUUUCCGAGCAUAUGUGGGAAAAAACAGUAAAAAUUUUAACUAAUGAUAUUUCGCGCGGUAAAGAAACAAAUCCGAUUCAGUGCGUUAAUGGAUAUGAUUCCGAAGAUAAGCCUACAGAUUUUCUGUACGUGACCGAGAAUUGUUUUACCAGUAAUAUAAAUGUUGAUCGCACCAUAACGUCUUUACAGUCUUGCCGGUGCGAAGACAAUUGCAGUUCGGAAAAGUGUUUGUGUGGAAAUAUUAGUUUAAGGUGUUGGUACGACGAAGAAGGAAAGCUGAUUCCAGAAUUUAAUUAUACAGACCCCCCAAUGUUAUUCGAGUGUAAUCCAGCGUGCGAUUGUAAUCGUAUAACGUGUAAUAAUCGAGUUGUUCAACAUGGUUUGACGCAAAGAUUCCAAUUAUUUCGUACACAAGGAAAAGGUUGGGGCCUUCGAACGUUGCGGCACAUUUCUAAAGGUUCCUAUGUGUGUGAAUAUGUCGGUGAGAUAAUUUCUGAUUCCGAGGCUGAUCAUCGCGAAGACGAUUCAUACCUUUUUGAUUUAGAUAACAGAGAUGGGGAAACUUAUUGUAUCGACGCGAGACGAUAUGGAAAUAUUGCUCGUUUUAUAAACCAUUCUUGCGCACCUAAUCUGUUGCCAGUGCGAGUGUUCGUCGAACAUCAAGAUUUGCACUUUCCUAGGAUAGCAUUCUUCGCGAAUCGCGAAAUCGAAGCGGACGAAGAGCUCGGCUUCGAUUAUGGAGAGAAAUUCUGGAUAAUAAAAUGCAAGUCGUUCACGUGUACCUGUGGAGCCGAAAACUGCCGAUACUCCGAGAAGACUAUACAAGUUACUUUGGACAACUACCGUAGGAAAAUACAGCAAGAAGAAAUGCUGGCAGCUCAAUCAUCGUAAUCCCGAAACAAUUUAGCUAAUUUUAUGCAAUCUAUCCUAGUGAUACUUUAACGUUCUUCCUUCUUAUUACGUCGAGUGUUAAUCCAGAAUCUCCAAGUUUCGGUUGGAGCGAACUUUGUAAGUGGUUCGUGAAAUUGAAAAAGUACAAGUACAAACGGUGAUGGUAUUUGCAUACGCUGCGAGGAUCAUUUAACAGAAGAAUGCAUUAUGUCGGUAUUAAAAAGCAAUUACACUGUACCGAUUCGAGUUUGUAAAAGUUGUUAAUAUCUACAUUCGUUUGCUCGAAUUUCACCGUACUUGGCUAUAUUGUCGUUUCUUUCCUAAGACGAGUAGUCACCGUACGAGACGUGCCACUUUACGAUUCUCUUUUACGAUGUGCAUAAUAUGUACUUGUUUUACAUAUUUUUCGUACGCAAUGUAUGGACUGUGAAAUAAGUAUGCAUGCGUGUAUGUAUGUGUUCGCGGGUGUGCGCGCUGUUGUGUAGCUUCUAAUCGUUAUGAUUUUGCAUACGAAACGAACUAUUAGUUUUAAAGGAAAAAAGUAAAUUAAUCAUUGGUAUAGAUGACGAGGUACGUACAGUAUGUCCGAAACUCGUAUCGAUUUUUAUGUUACUAUUAAAAUUACGAGAUCUAUUUUCGCUUAUUCAGUUUCAGAGGGUGAUCGUUUACGCGUGUUCGAUUCAUCGCGAACAGUUUAGAAUGUAAGAGUACAACACCCUUUUGUACAAAUUAUUGACUUUUUGUAUAAUAAAAGAGACGUAGUUCUUUUGAA